AGACUUAUUGAAUUAUGGACGUCUUUAACGCACAUCCGGCGCCAUGUCACUAUCUUAUUCGUGUUUGGGGUUUGAAAGCCUGAACAUGCUUCUGCUAUAACAGUCAUAAGUUCUGCUGGAAGUAGCUGCAACGAUGUGAUGUUUCAUUUCUACACAGAUGUGGAGGCGAAUAUUUAGCUCCAAAACUCCGAGAAGGGCGGGAUUGUGUUGGAGGAGUCUCUUCACUAUGAAGCUGGAGACGAGCGAGUUUAAGUCUCUGUUCACCGAGGGACUGACAGGACUGGCAGAGCUGUUCCAGCAGCACAAUCAUCAGCUCAGAAUAGCUGGUGGCGCUGUACGAGACCUGCUGUCAGGGAAGCGACCAGAAGAUGUGGACUUUGCCACGACAGCGACUCCUGAGGAGAUGAAGAGUAUGUUUCAAUCGGCAGGGAUCCGGAUGAUCAACAAUAAAGGAGAAAAGCACGGGACUAUCACGGCUCGAUUGCACAACCAAAACUUUGAGGUGACGACGCUCCGGAUUGACGUUCAAACUGAUGGGCGACAUGCAGAGGUGGAGUUCACCACCGACUGGCAGAAGGAUGCAGAAAGGCGGGACCUCACCAUCAACUCCAUGUUUCUGGCGGAAGAAAAAAAUGAUGCAAGUCUUGAUGGAACCCUGUACGACUAUUUCAAAGGAUAUGAAGAUCUGCAGAACCGACGAGUUCGGUUUGUUGGCAGCGCAGAACAAAGAAUUCAAGAGGAUUUCUUAAGAAUAUUGCGAUAUUUCAGGUUUUACGGCAGAGUAGCGGUAAAACCAGACGACCAUGAGCCAGAGACCCUGGCAGCCAUCCGAGAGAACGGACGAGGGUUGGCGGGAAUAUCCGGUGAGCGGAUUUGGGUGGAACUGAAGAAGAUGGUGGUGGGCAACCAUGCGGCUCAUCUGCUGGAACUGCUGCACAGCCUGGAACUGGCCCAGUACAUCGGUCUGCCACCAGAUGGCAAUGUCGAGGAGAUGAAGCAGGUGUGGGAGAACGCCAAGCACCACUCUCCCAAACCCAUGACCAUCCUCAGCGCGCUGCUCCACUCCGCCGGCGAGGUGGAGAAGAUGGAUGCCCGACUCAAGGUGUCCAAGGAGGAGAAGACCCUGGCCCUGUUCCUGGUCAAGCACAGACGGGAGCUCUGCAAGAACGACGACCACCCGGAGAGUGUCCAGCCCUUCACGGACUUCAUCAUUGACAGUCGGGAGCUGGACACUCAGAGCAAAGUGUGCGAGCUCCUCAAGUAUCAGGGCGAGAACAAGCUGUUGGCCGAACUCAGCAGGUGGUCCAUCCCUCGCUUCCCUGUCAGCGGCCACGACCUGAGGAAGAUGGGCUUCACAUCGGGGAAGGAGAUCGGCGCGACCCUCCAGAUGCUCCGCGACGUGUGGAAGAGAAGCCGUUACCAGAUGGACAGAGAGGAACUGCUCAGUCACGUGAAGACGUAGCCUUCCAUCCAGCCGUUGGACUGGACUGUGGACAUCACAGACAAGAGCGGCGACUGCCAUUCAGCCCAGAAUCAUGUGGCACAGUCGACUGCAGAGCAGCCGAGCGUGGCAGUGCUCUUUUCUGACAGACUGAUGAGUUGUGCCGUCGCUUGUCAAUAUUCAGUCUUUAUUUAAGAAAUGUCAGGUCUCAUGUGAACAGAUACAACGGCAUCCUACUGGUCCGUGCACCAAGGAGCACUUAGAAUUUCCUUCAUAUU